AUGGAUUCCUACGAUGGUUAUGGGUCUCCCGGAAGGUCCCGGGAUGGCGAUGCCUAUUUGUCUAGAGCACCUGUGGACUCGUACAGACGCAGAUCUCCUGGUUCGCAGGACCGUCGUGGGCGCGGACGAGGUCGUUCCCGGUCGCCUAUUAUGAUUGACCGCUACGAACCCGCCGACCGCCGGCCCUCUCGAGAUGGCUACUACGCCUCAUCACGUGAACAAGCCACGCGUGAACGCGAAGACCGCCGUCGUGCUCCUUCUCCGAAUGUCGCCAAUAUCGAUCGCUAUGUCCCAGGCCAAGAUUCGGGCAAGCGGCCACUUCCCGCGAAUCCCCUUCCGAACCCGCUCAAUCUCGAUUUUCAGGUGGGCUUCAACUGGUUCGCAGAAUGGUGGCGAGCCGAACAAUCCGUCAAGGAGGAGAAAGAGCGAGCUAGACAUGGUGGCCGUCGUCCGUCGGAUCGCGUCAAGGGUGAACGUGAAGCGCGCGAAGACCGAGAGAAGGAGAGAGCGCAGAUCCAGGCCGGUUACGACUCAUACAAGCUGGAGCUCCAAGUUAAGAUGGCACGGGCUUUCGUUCAACAGCACCGGUCCGAGGAGUGGUUCAAGGAGCGUUAUGUGCCCGAAGUACGGGAUCCUCUUCGCCGACACAUCAUGGAUUUCCGGUACAACGCUCUUCAGCAGUGGGAGCGCGACAUUGAGGGUGGAGUGUUCGAUGAGUUCACGCUGGAAGGGAUCUACAAAAACGAGAGCGAUGGUGCAGGAGGCGUGAUUGAGAAAGAGGAGGGUGAAACGACGGCUGUUGGCGAAACUCUCGGGGUGUUGGAUUUGCUUCCGGCCAGGGGUGGAGAUCUGCGUGACGAGGCUCUGUCGCAACCCGCCUUGCUCAUCAAAACGCUGGCACCCAAUGUUAGCAGGGAAAAGAUUGAGGAGUUCUGCAAGGAACACCUGGGUGAGCAAGAUGGUGGGUUCAAGUGGCUGAGUCUCAGCGACCCCAAUCCAUCCAAGAAGUACCAUCGCAUGGGAUGGAUUAUGCUCCAUCCGGCUUCUGAAGUUACUGUGGUGGAACGCGACGAUGGACGAGGUGAAGAAGGCGAGGAAAUGGACCAGGAUAGUACAGGCAAUGGUACGGUUACGGUCAAUGCGGCCGAGAAGGCACUAGAAGCCAUCAACGACAAGACCAUCCAUGAUCCGGAACACGGAGACUUUGUCUGCCACGUAGGUGUGCAUGUGCCGCCUGCCCAGCCCCGCAAAAAGGCCUUGUGGGACCUAUUCUCGUCCCCUGAGCGCGUUGAAAGGGACCUGGAACUGGCCCGCCGAUUGACAGCGAAACUUGAUACGGAGAUGGGUGGCAACGUCGACGGUUAUGCCAGGAUUGAAGAGCGAGUCGAAGAGAUACGCGGAAAAGGCUGGCUGCAGCCCCCGGUGACCGGCCCGGUUAGCGUCAAGAAGCGCAAGUCAGAUAUGGACGAUGAGGAUAUGGAUGAGGGUGAGGCUGAGGAAGGGGAGGAACAAGAAGGAUGGGAUGACGAGGUUGAUGACGAGGAGCUGUUGGCCAAGAAGAAGAAAUUGGACAUGUUGGUCGAAUAUCUCCGCCGGGUUUAUAAUUUCUGCUUCUUUUGCGUGUUUGAGAGCGACUCGGUGCACGAGAUGGUUCGCAAAUGCCCCGGAGGCCACCUUCGUCGUCCCCGGACUGGUCUCACCAGCCAAUCCAAAGACGUUGCUCGGGCUAGCGCCUUGGGCGGACCGUUCCCCAUCAGAAAGAAGGAGCCUAGCGAGGAGGGAGAGGAAAGAGCGCCGUCAGACGAAAAGCGCCAGCAGAAGCUCAGCAAGUCGGAGCAGCAGCUCCAGCGUGCAUUCAACUGGGUUAGGACUUUCGAAGAGAAGCUCUUGCAAAUCCUCGAACCCGAAAAUGUCGACCUGCAAAAACUAGGAGGCAAGCAUGUGGAGGAGGCGCUCGAGGAGGAAUUGUCGAAAUACUUAAAGCAAGAGGAUGAAUCAAAGUACCGUUGCAAGGUCCCUGAAUGUGCGAAGCUGUUCAAAGCGGACCAUUUCUGGCGCAAGCAUGUCGAAAAGCGCCAUACAGAAUGGUAUGAGACCAUUCAGAGUGAUCUUUCGUUGGUGAACUCAUACGUCCUCGAUCCAGCUCGGAUUGCGCCCUCACGGUCCGAUGCUACCAGCAACGGACAUUUCCCUCUCAACUCACACCAGAACCAGGCCGGCACGCCUCGCGGAUUUAGUCUGUCGAGCAUGCCAUACAACGGACCGAUUCCGGCGGGCUUCCAAGGAGUGCCUCCAGGAGGUAUGCCAGGGUUUAUGAUGAACCAACCAGGCCCCUGGGCAGGCAACGGGAUGGUUGCCGGAGAUCACCCUGGACUGCAUCAACCCGGCGUGAUGCGUCGAGGCAACCGGUACAACAAUAACCGGUCUUCUGGACCAUACGACCGACGCGGCCGUUACAAUGCAGCGGGUAGCGGACGCUUGAGUCCUGUGCAAGGCAUGUACAGACCCGGCGGCCGCAUGCCGGCCAACGCAGGCGCGGCGUUUAUUCCCCCUGGCCAUCCGGCAGCUGCGAUGGUUCCGGGCGGAUUCCCUGAUGCCGGUUCACCACAGGGCAUGGGACCACGAGAGGCCGUGCAAGGACGAAGCCUGAAGAGCUAUGAAGAUUUGGAUGCUGUUGGUGGUGCCGGGGGUGGUGAGCUGAACUACUAA